AUGACCGGCCUACCCUUCUGGCCCCUCGUUGGGGUGUUGGUUGUAGUGCUCUAUCUCCUUCGACGACCACCGGCUUCCAGUUUGAGACAUGUCCCAACUGUCAGGUACAAUGCCUAUUUACCGGAUUUCAUCAAUCGAUUCAUCUACUACCCCAAAGCUGCCUCGAUGAUUAGUGAAGGAUAUGAAAAGUACAAGGAUACUCCAUUUCGCCUGCUCACCGGUGACGGGGAAGUAAUCGUCUUGCCAGUGAAAUAUCAGGAUGAACUGAGGCAUCUUCCUCCUUCGAAACUCAGUUCUCUACAUGCCCAAUAUGAAAACGCAUUGGGUCAAUAUACCAACAUCAUCAUCAAUACUCUUUUACCUUCUAUGACUGUGCGGAAAAAGUUGACACCAAGUCUAAGCCGUGUUGUUCCCGGUAUCAUCGACGAGCUACGAGCAGCAUUCGACACUGCCCUCCCAGGAUGUGAAGGCGAAUACUCAGAUACUGACAGAGACGUACCGAACACAGACGCCUGGAUUCGAAUCAACCCAUGCGAGAUGUUCACCCGACUAAUCGCCCUCUCGACAUCCCGCAUGAUGGCCGGCGACGUCCUCCGCAGAAACAAAGAAUGGCUGAACGUCGCAAGCAACUACGCCGUGAAUGUGGGAAUCACCAUUCUCCUCCUCCGUCCAGUUCCCAAAUACCUCCGUCCCAUCGUAGCGCCUUUCCUCCCCAGCGUCCGGACAAUGAGGAAGCAGUUGCGCUAUGCGAAAGACAUCUUCAUUCCGAUGGUUCAUGAGCGCAGGCUGGCAGAACAGGCUAAAGAUCCUAACUACAUAAAGCCAGACGACUUCUUGCAGUGGAUGAUGGAUCUGGGUGGAGAAAGGGACGAGGAACUCGAACCGGAAACACUGGCGCAUCACAUGCUGCUUUUGGUUACACUGGCAGUUACGCACACAAGCACGAUGGCUUUGUGUCACUGUCUCUUUGAUUUAGUUACUAGACCCGAAUACGUUGAGCCUCUGCGCGAAGAAAUGUGCCGAACUCUACCUGAUGGCUGGUACAAUGCGACUCAGGCAGCGCUUAAGGACCAGUCUCGUUUGGACAGCUUCCUGCGCGAAUCUCAACGGUUUGCUCCGCCUGGUGAAUUGAACUUCCACCGUAUCGUCAAAGAACCCAUCACACUCCAUGACGGCCUCGUUCUUCCGGUAGAAACACAUGUCUGUUUCCCUGCCGGUCCGAUUAGCAAAGACGCCGCCUUCAUCAAAAACCCAAUGGUCUUCGACGGGUUCCGCUGGUGUCAUGACCCCCGGGACCGAUUUGUUCUCACUCCUGAACCCGCAAGGUCAGAUGCGAUGGCGAACGGUGCUGGCGAGGAUAUGCACGUCCAGAAGCUCAUGCCGGGCGCCCAUUUCGUUUCUAUCACCAAUACUAACAUGCAUUUCGGGUACGGCCUCCAGGCAUGUCCUGGUCGGUUCUUCGCGGCAAAUACUCUGAAGGCGAUCUUGAGUCGCAUCAUCCUUGACUACGAGUUCAAGUUUCUUCACGAUCUGGAUGGGAAGAGACCCCGCAACCUUGUAGUUGGGGAGCAUAUUCUUCCGAAUAUGACCACUGAGAUGCUGUUCCGGAAAAGGCCUAUUGGGCUUUGA